CCCCCCCAUCUCUCUCUCCCCCCCACUAGGCAUCGCCGUUGUCGCUGCCCAAGUCCUCCGAUCGUGACUGUUCUUGGUCUCCACCAUGGACCAAUUUGUCGUCGCGACUGAGGCUCCGUCCAAAUGCCAGAAGACUUCCGAGUGGCAGUGGUUUGUCACGCACGAGAUCCCGCAGCUCUUUGAGGAGCUCUCCGACCUUGUCAAUGACGCCCUUGUCCACCUGAUGCAAGCCGUUCCAUCCAAGGACUCGCGAGACGGUGCUGGGUCCUUCUCGCGCAAGUCGCCGGCCAGCAGCUCGAACACCUUGCUCAUUUCGGCGGUCCAUAGCUCUGGCCCUGCCAAGGGCACCUCCUUCGAGUCGGGCUUCAUGCCGGCUUUGGUCGGUCUGGCUGGUGCUUCCGGCUCCAUGGACCGCCUCCUUUCUGGCCAUGUUACCGUGUGGGGCUGUCAUGUCAUUCGUCUGACAAUCCGAUACAGUCCUUCUCCUCGGUCCUAUCAGGCUAAUUUCACGGCAGAUGUUUUCCCCCGAGGGUCGGAGGAAGCCGGCGGUCGGCCACGCUCUGGGACCGGUGACCGGUCGCAGCCCCCGGCCCCGUUGUCUGUGACCCCAUCCUCGCUCCCACCGACAGGCCGGUCUUCCUCUUUCUCCUCCGGCGGGGGGCUCUCGGCCGAGAUGGUAUUUGCCUCGAUCAGUACCGAGCGUGGGUGGCCGAUCGCCGAGCUGGUCGACGCGCGUCGGGCUCUGAUCGAGGUCCGUCAAGAGUUGGACUGCCACCUUGGCGGCGGGGAGACGGCCGAUGCACCUGGUGAUGAGCCCACCGACCACAUUUUCCCGGCCUAUGACCGGGAUGCUCUCCAGUGGCUGCUGGAAAUUCUUGGCUCAUCCUUGGAGCAGGCCCGCCGUUUGCUGGAGCCCUCAUACGGAUCCCUCUCUUUGGUCGAGCUGAUCGGCAGUCAGCGGAGUCCGUCGGCCUGGGCGGCGCUGCCUUGGAGCCCGGACCCUCCGUCUGGGGUGAUUCUGGCCGCUGGUGGCGUCCGGCUGGCUGCGUCGCCGAUGCAUGGCGCAGUGACAUUCACUGAGCCGGCCUCCGGCAGCGCCGAGUGCGCCUGCCUGGCAAACCUGUCCGAUAUGCCGCCGGCCGGCGAUGCGUCGAGCGACGAUUUGACCUCCGCGUCAUCAUCCUCCUUGAGCAGCCUCAAUGGCCUUGGCCCAGGACGGACAGGCCAGCUGUACUGCGGGCCCAACUGCAUGUACAGCCCCCACUCGCCGCCUGGGCUUGGAAUGAGCCCGGUCGCUGGGAUGUCCAACCAGAAUGAUACCGCCUUGUUGGCCGGACAGACGGUCCUCAACAGCGAUGACCAUCCCACGGUGAUCUCGUGGACUUCGCAGACCCCGCAUCCCGGGGCGGCGGUGGCCCUUGCCGCAGUGAAUGCCGCUUGUGAAAAGGUUCGCCGCUUGCUCUCCUCCAUCGAGGCGCUAUACCCAGCAAGUUGAUGUCUGUCUGUCUGUCUGUCCGUGUGUGUGUGUGUGUGUGAAUGCACGCGCAAAUACAAGUACACCAAUGUCA